AUGGCAGCGGCGGCGACGCGCCAUCUUGUAGCGGGGCCUGGCCCGAGCCAUUCAUUCGGCGCGGGGGCGCGGGGACCCCGGCCCGGCCCGGCCGCGGGGGUCGCCGCCGCCCGGCCGCCCGUGCCCCCCGCCCCGCCCCGCGGGCUCCGCACCCGGCGGGGGGGAAACGACGACGGGCUCGCGACGGGGCUGCUCCCACUUUUCGAACCCCGGACGCUCCCUUUGUUCUCGCGGCCGCGACCCGGCCGGCCUGCAGACCCCGGCCCAGCGCGCCUCCUCCCGGGCCAGCCUCCGGCGCACAGCCCCCAGGGAGGUCGGGCCGGAUCGGACCUCGGACCCCGGACCCGGACCCAGGACCUGGGAUCCCGGACGCAGACCCCGACCCAGGACCCCGGACUCCGGGUCCCAGACCGCGGACCGCGACUCAGGACCCAGGACCGCGGACCCCGACCCGGGACCCCAGACCUAGAACCCAGGACCGCGGGCCUGGAAACAAGGCCCCCCAGAACACGGAUCGCAGACCCUGGCUCAGGGUCCCCGGCCCCCACCCCAAGACCCCAGCCUCUAGCCCCUCCGACCCUGGCCCCUGGGCCCGAACUCCGGACCCUGAUCCCUGCGAAGAAGCCCAGACCCCGGCCGCACAUCCCGAUCCCGGACCUGGGACACCGGACCGCGGACCACAGCCCUGAUCCCGGCCCCAGCCGAAGCCCGCAGGGUCCCCGCCCGCUCCCGGCCCGCGACCCCACCCGGGCGGGGCAGGAAGACGCGGCCGGGCGGCGGAGUGGGGGCGGGGAGGGUGGGGGCGGGGCGGCUCCGGCUGGCGGCUGCGGGGAGGGGCCGGGGCCGGGGUCUCCGGGCAGGGGCAGGGGCUGCUGCGCUCACCUCGUCCUGCCUGACGCGCCCGCGCCCCGCCGCCUCAGCCGCCUCAGCCGCCGCUCUGGAGGUGGUCGCGUUCGGGCCGCUCCGCGGGCGCUGUGGGCAGGUGCGCCGGCGAGGCUCGGUCCGGUCCCGCGGCGGCUGCUCCACUCCCGCGCCCGCGCCCGCUCCCGCUCCCGCUCCCGCUCCGCCGCCGCCUCCGUCCGCCCCUCAGACGCCUCCAGCCAUCGGGAUGGGCGCGGCGGCCCCUGCCCGCAGCCUCGGGAAACCCCACGCCGCGUCACCGCGCACGUCGCGCGCGCACGCAGGGCCCGGCCUCGGCCCCGGCGCGCGCACGCUCGCGCGCUUCCUCCCUGCGCCCACCCCGGGAGCGUGCGCGAGCGGCUUAAAGGGGCCGCGCGGGCUGUAGGGGAACCCGCUGCGGAAGGACCCCAGGCCUGGUCCGCCCCUGGCCCGGCACUGCGCCGGGCUCUCUGCGCUAGCGUGGGCCUGCCUGCCGCCGACCCGCUCGCUUCCCCGCCAAGCGGAUAUGCCCAGCCUCUGCUCGCCCGGGACUGGAUCCCCGCCUCCCGGUGGACCGGGCCAGUCCUCGGAGACGCCCGUGGGGGCUUGUGCUGCAGAGGCUCCAGUUCGGGCUCCUCCUGGCGGAGGCGCAUCUGCCCCAGCCCCUGGCCCACCCCGGCCUGGACCUGCGUGCUGGGGACAGAGCCCCGCUUCCUUGGCUGCUCUGCCCCCAACCCCAAAGCACCCUCUGGGGUCGCCUGGGGCAGCGGCAUCAAGGGGACGGUCAGUGCUCCCACCAGCCCAGCCGCGUUUCCAGUCCUGGCCUGGGUGGCUCGCUCGGCAAGGAGGCCCCCGUGGGUCCCCACAGGCCUUCCCCCAGCCACCUGCAGAAAGCUAGGCGGUCGCCUGCCGGCCAACCCGGACCUACCGCAGCUGCCAGCCAUGUCCCGGGGCAACCUGGGCGCACACCUGGGCCCGGGCUGGGAGCACUCACCAGAGGCCAGGAAGAUGUGA